CACUGCAACCUCCGCUUCCAGGGUUCAAGUGAUUCACCUGCCUCAGCCUCCCGAGUAGCUAUGGGAAUAAUGAUUCCCUGUUUUAAAUUUUUAGUAGAGAUGGGGUUUCACCAUGUUGGCCAGGCUGGUCUU